UUGCCACUGAACGCCUAGAGCGGUCGCAGGAGCACCAGGCGGACGGAGUGUAUUCCUCCACUUCCGGCUGCAGCAGAGAGGUCCAAGCUGCAGGGUGGCUGGCUGUCACUCAGCAUUGGAGGCUGCUGGAGUUGCUGGAGAAUGUUCGUUCCAAGAUCUCUUAAAGUCAAGAGGAAUGCUGUUGAUUUGGAGACCUGUGUAGCUAAAAAAAGCAAGUCCUCUCCAGACGAGUCCUUAUUUGAAAAGGCUACAGAGUUCAGAGAUGCCAAGUUGGAUGUAAGAAACAUAACAGCUUCAGAGAACAAUUUAUUCAAACCAGUGGAAGGAUACACUGAGCCGCAGAUCUCUCAUGAUUCACCGGCGGCCUUUACGGAAUCAACUGUGGAAAAGGCCAGUGUGGAGAACUCUUCUCUUGUGGAGGAGCCCAUAAAAUCUUUCAGUAAAACACAACGCUGGCCACAGCCUGGGGAACCAGUGUGUGUGGUCUGCGGCCGUUACGGGGAGUAUAUAUGUGACAAGACUGACGAAGACAUUUGUAGCUUGGAGUGUAAAGCCAAGCACCUUAUACAUGUCAGAGAGGAAAAUGAAAACUCGGAGCUGGCUAGUACUAAUAAAGCAGAUCCUCCAUCUGGUUUCAUUAAUGGUACUUACAUCUAUGAAGAAAAUGCCUUUGUGUCAAGCCUUCAAGAUGAGCAGAUUGAUAACUUAAAGCAGCAGCUAGGCAUAGUUAUCCAAGGUGAAGGAGUUGCAAGACCAAUAGUAGAAUUUGAACACUGUGGUUUCCCUGAGGUUCUGAGCUCCAAUUUAAAAAACGCUGGCUAUGAAGUUCCAACUCCUGUCCAAAUGCAGAUGAUUCCAGUUGGAUUGCAGGGCAGAGAUAUUGUGGCCACAGCUGACACAGGCUCAGGGAAAACUGCGGCUUUCCUACUUCCUGUUAUAAUUAAAGCCUUGGGAGAGGCAGAAGCACCAUCUGUACUUAUUCUGACGCCAACUAGAGAGUUGGCUAUCCAAAUAGAGAAACAGGCAAAAGAGCUUGUGGUUGGACUUCCAAACAUGAGAACUGUUCUUUUAGUUGGAGGAUUGCCAUUACCACCUCAGCUUCAUCGUUUGAAACAAAAUGUUAAGGUUAUAAUAGCAACACCUGGGAGGCUCCUAGAAAUUCUAAAGCAAAGUUCUGUUCAACUUCAUAAUAUCAAAAUAGUUGUAGUGGAUGAGGCUGAUACUAUGUUAAAGAUGGGUUUCCAGCAGCAGGUGUUAGAUAUUUUAGAAAAUAUCCCCAGAGAUCAUCAAACCAUCUUGGUGUCAGCCACAAUGCCUUUUGGUAUCGAGCAGUUGGCAAAUCGGCUUCUCCAAAACCCUGUGAAAAUAACCAUUGGGGAGAAGAACCUGCCAUGUUCCAAUGUUCGCCAGAUCAUUCUGUGGGUAGAAGAACCUUCAAAAAAGAAAAAGCUGUUUGAAAUACUAAAUGAUAAGAAACUUUUCAAGCCCCCAGUGCUGGUAUUUGUGGAGUGUAAAUUGGGUGCAGAUCUUCUGAGUGAUGCUGUUCAUAAAAUCACUGGUUUACAGACAAUAUCCAUGCAUGCUGACAAAUCACAAAUAGAAAGAACUACCAUAUUACAGGGAUUAUUCCAAGAGAAGUAUGAAGUUGUAGUAAGCACUGGAGUCCUUGGACGUGGACUUGACCUUGUCAACGUUAAGCUGGUGGUAAAUUUUGACAUGCCAUCUAGUAUGGAUGAAUAUGUACACCAGGUUGGAAGAGCAGGUCGGCUUGGUCACAAUGGAACGGCAAUUACCUUCAUUAAUAACAACAGUAAGAAACUGUUCUGGGAUGUUGUGAAGCGAGUGAAACCUACUGGCACUAUUCUCCCACCCCAGUUAUUAAACUCCGCAUAUCUACAUGACCAAAAGAGAAGAGAACAGCAGAGAAAUAAACAGUCUCAGAAGGGACUUGUAACUGGUGACAACCUUAUGGACAUUAUCAGAAAACAUGACAAGAGCACUUUUCAGAAAUAAGGAGCUAUGUUGUAUUUGUAAAUAUAAGUCUUUUUGCAACUUGUACUAAACACUGAAUUAACCUCAUAAUUCCUUGGCUAUUAUCCAGUUAAACACUUUGAAAUCCCAUUGAUUUGGUCACAUAAUUAAGCAAGUGUUUGAAAUCAGUAGGAUGUCAGAUUUCUUGGCUUCAGUUCAGCUGUGCACAAUAAUAAAUAAUUUGUCAUAUUUUUAUUCUGGUACUUUUA